AUGACCAAAGUGGAGUUUAAUCUAAGAGAUAUCAAAAACCAACGCAUCCAAUGUUGCAUUACCGGUAAAUCAGCUGAGAUAUUUUCCCAAAAAGUCAAACAAUCCAACAGUGGAGAUAUAUGUUUAAUCAGAUUUGCUAGAGCCUUUAACUACCAAGGAGAGUGGAAAGUAACCAAUGCAUUUGAUUCUUCAUUGGUGUUGAUCAAUCCUGAUAUCAAAGAAGCUAAAGCACUUAAACAAAAGUUUCAUGGUGAUGCUAACACCCUUGAAGUGUUUCAACAUAUCAAUGAGAAGAUUGUGAUCCAUGAGAAGCGCCAGAAAUGGGUGGAAAUUACAGAGUUAUUUGUUCGGUUUAUGCUGUUGAUCCCUGGUGACUUUAAUUUAGAGAUGGACAACCGUGAUAUUGUUUUGCAAGAGAAACAAACUGGUUGGCUUAAGAGAAUAAGUGAGAUACAUCCGUCUUAUCUCGCACUUCAGUAUCCGCUCAUUUUUACUUAUGGCGAAGAUGGUUUCAGACUGGGAAUAAAAAAGAGAGCCACACCAGCUACAGAGAAGCUAAAGAGGGAUCACAUUAGUAUGAGACAGUGGUUUUCAUAUCGACUGUUUGAAAGAGAUGGAGAGUGUCAAACGCUGCUGCAUUCAAAAAGAUUGUUCCAGCAAUUUUUGGUUGAUGCAUUCACUACCAUUGAGACUAACAGAUUAAGUUAUUUGAGGCAAAAUCAAGUAUGUUUGAGGUCUGACGGUUAUGACUCAAUCAAGCAGGCUGAGAACCAAGGCAGUACAGAUAUGAGUCAGCAAGGACAGCGAUUUAUUCUGCCAGCUUCCUUUACAGGAGGACCAAGACAUUUUGGUUUUCCAGAUCUUUUCAUCACAUUUACAUGCAAUCCAAAAUGGCCGGAGAUUACUAGAUAUUUGUCUGAACGGAAAUUGAAAACAGAGGAUAGGCCAGAAAUUGCUUGCCGAAUAUUCAAAAUGAAGUUAGAUUCUCUAAUGGAGGAUUUAACCGAUAAUGAGAUCAUGGGAAAAACUGUUGCAUCUAUGUAUACUGUUGAGUUCCAAAAGCGUGGUCUACCACAUGCUCAUAUAUUGUUAUUCAUGCAUCCCAGCUCUAAAUUCUCUACGACUGACCACAUUGACAAGAUAAUUUCAGCAGAGAUUCCAGACAAAUCCAAAGAGCCAGCGAUUUAUGAAGUGGUGAAAGACACGAUGAUUCAUGGCCCUUGUGGAAUUGUUAAUCCAAAUUCACCGUGUAUGGAGAAUGGCAAGUGUUCUAAGAUGUUUCCGAAAUCGCAUGUAAACAGAACAACAGUAAACAAAGAAGGGUUCCCAGUUUAUAUGAGACGGGAUAAUGAUCGUUUUGUUGAUAAAAAUGGUUUCAAGUGCGACAACAGAUAUGUGAUACCCUAUAAUAAGGAGCUAUCUCUUCGGUACAGAGCUCAUAUUAAUGUGGAGUGGUGCAAUCAAUCGGGGUCUAUCAAAUACUUAUUCAAGUAUAUCAAUAAGGGUCAGGACAAGAUGACUAUCACUGUUGAGCCGCCAACAAAAGAAGCUUUGGAGAACAACGUGAACAACCAAAAAGCAAAGGAAGAGAAUAAAAAUGAAAUUAAAGACUUUUUCAAGGGCAGAUAUGUAUCUGCGUGUGAAGGUUCAUGGAGAAUUUUGAAGUUUCCAAUUCAUUACAGAUCAAUACCAGUGGAGAAGAUUUCAUUCCAUUUGCCAGGGAAGCAAAUAAUUGUAUUCAAGGAUGAUGACACUUUUGAGAAAGUAACAAGUCGUGUGUUGAUUCAAAACACAAUGUUCUUGGGCUGGUUUGAGCUGAACAAGGUUAGUGCUAUCGCUAGGAAGCUUACUUUAGCAGAAAUUCCUACGAGAUUUAUUUGGGACAAAAAGGAGAGGAAGUGGAAAGACAGAAAAAGAGGUUUCAAUAUUGGGAGAAUUAAUUAUGCACCGAUUAGUAUAGAAGAAGCUUAUUAUCUGCGUGUCCUGCUUAAUAUUGUUCGAGGACCAACCUGCUUCGAUGACAUCAAAACAUAUAAAAAUGUCCUUUACCCUUCUCACAAAGAGGCAUGUUUUGCACGGGGUUUAUUAGCAGAUGAUCAAGAAUAUAUAGAUGAUCUAAUCAGGUCAAGCUUCUCAAGUUCUGCUUACUCUAUGCGACAUGCUUUUACUGUCAUGCUUAUGUCCAAUAGUUUAUCAAAACCAGAAAGAGUUUGGGAGGAGACAUGGGAGAUUCUUUCCGAAGAUGUUCAGUAUAAUCAAAGAAACCAGUUUAACAGACCAGGUAACCUAAAACAAUACGAUUAUACUUAA